UCAGCCCCAUCCACACUCACUCCUGCCCCUGAGGAAGCCUGGCCUCUCCCAGGGCAUGUCUCCAGCCCAGCAACGUCCUCCUCUCUCCCCUGCAGGACCUGCUGGCUCUGCUGCACGAACAGGGGCCAUCCACGGAGGGGAUCUUCCGGCUGGCGGCCAGCGAGCGUGCCUCCCGGGAGAUCAGGGAGGCCCUGGACAGCGGGACCGAGGUCCACCUGGCAAGCCAGCCGGUGCACGUCCUGGCCGUCAUCUUGAAGGUGAGCCCUGCUGACCUGGAGUCCGGCAGCUCCCGGCUCUGGCGCUGCUGACGGGCAGCUGCCCGAGCAGGAGCCCAGAGCCGGGAGCUGCUCGGCACCCAGCGUGCUGGGGCUGCUGCCCGUGCUCCCGGCAGCAGCGACCACAGCCUGACGCGCAGCCCUUGGCAUUGCAGGACUUCCUGCGCAAGAUCCCCUCCAAGCUCCUGGUGGCGGAGCUCUACCAGCAGUGGAUGGCCGCCCUGCAGAAGAGCAGCAGGGAGGAGAGGCUGGUGGGGCUGAAAGAGGUGGCCCGCAAGUUACCCGCGGCCAACCUCCUCCUCCUCAACACCUUGCUGCGGCUGCUGCAGAACAUCAGCAGCAACGCCACCGUCAGCAAGAUGACAGCCAGCAACCUGGCCAUCUGCGUGGGGCCCAACCUCCUCGGCCCACCAGAGGAGGACACGCUCCCUCUGGACACGCUGGUGCAGGCGACAGCCAAGGUGACCCAGCUGGUAGAGUUCCUCAUCAACCACCGGGAGGAACUCUUUGAGGCCGAGGAGGAGCGGGAGGAGGAGGAAGAGGGGGCUGGGCUCGCCGCUGAAGGGGCCGAGGAGUCGCCGGCAGCAGGAGCAGAGGCGGAAACUGCAGAGGUGCCUGCAGUCGCUGAAGAAGGCGAAGCUCGGAAUAGCUCCUCUGGGCAGAGCAGCUUGCCAGGCUCUUCGCGGGAGGGGGGAAAUCCUUCCCCCCGGAAGAGAAAGCUCCCGCGCGAAGAGGAGAGCGAUGCGCAGCCCAGCAAGCGCAGGAGGAGCCUGGAGCCAGGGAGCUCAGGAGCGGGCGACUGAGCCAAGCCAGGUGGGGCGAGAGGAACAAGGAGCCCUGGUGUGUGAAAGAGCCUGCUCUCCCUCUUUCCAAUUGUCAUGCUGCUCUGAGUCUAGGAAAUAUUUCUGUGGUGCCCAGAGACGGCCCCAGAGAGGAAGCAUUCACCUUCCCUUGGGAGAAGGGGCAUGUCUGGAGGCAAAGAGCACUCCAGCGUUGGCGGUUUUCAUUUGGCACUUAGAACCCUAGAAUCAAAGAAGAGUUUGGGUUGGAAGGCACCUUCCAAGGUCACCUAAUCCAACCCCCCUGCAAUCAGCAGGGACAUCUUCAACGAGAUCCGGUUACUCAGAGCCCCGUCCAGCCUGGCCUUGAAUGUUUCCAGGGAUGGGGCAUCUACCACGUCUCUGGGCAACCCGCUCCAGUAUUUCACCGUGCUCAUUUUAAAACAGUUCUUCCUCUUGCCUUUGUCUUUGUGCUUAUCUUUGUCUUUGUUCCUCCUUGCUUUACCCUGGUUCAGUUUUGCUCUCCGUUCUUACUGCAGCUGUACCCAGGCCUGGCCCUCGAAGCAUAGAUUUGUACGGCAGUUGAGUCAAAAGCCCCUGUGUCCGCUGAAGCCUCCCCAAACUCGCACAGUCUAAAUCAUUGAUAGCAAAACCCCAAAGCCUAAUACCCAGCCCUAAGGAAUCCUGCAGAGGAGAACUGUGGAUGGGGCUUGCCUAUGCCAGCAAAGCACGAGUUGCUUGUUCUCCUCUCAGCCUUGUACUUAAUGCCUGUCUUUUCCCCCCCUCUUUCUCAAGGCAGGUUGAAGAGGAAGUCGCCCUCGUGUUGCCACCCUCAUGUUGGCUGGGCCGGACGGUCCAGAGUUUGUUUUAGUUAGUUUGUUGGUUAGCGAGUUAGAAAGUUUGUUAGUUAGUUUGUUGGUUUGUUACUUAGCAGGUUGGUUAGUUUGUUUGUUGGUUUGUUACUUAGCAAGUUAGUUAGUUAGUUAGUUAGUUAGUU